GAACAGAUAAGCCGAGGCCUGGCUGAUGUUGCUGUUGUUGCAAAAGUUAAUGGAGAGGUAUGGGAUUUGGAUCGACCAUUCGAAGGAGACGCGAAAUUAGAAAUCCUGAAAUUUGACGAUGACGAAGGAAAACAAGUAUUUUGGCAUAGUUCGGCUCACAUCAUGGGCGAAGCAAUGGAGCGUUACUGUGGAGGACAUCUCUGUUAUGGGCCACCAAUCUCGGAAGGCUUUUACUAUGAUAUGUGGAAGGAGGGUGAUGCGAUCACUCCGGAUGAUUUCCCGAAACUCGAGCAAAUUAUCAAAUGUGCUGUUAAGGAUAAGCAGCCAUUUGAGCGGUUGGUUGUAUCGAAAGAAGAUCUGUUGGAAAUGUUCAAAUACAAUAAGUUUAAGGUUCGCAUCAUUCAAGAGAAGGUAACCACUCCGACCACCACUGUUUAUCGCUGUGGCCCACUGAUUGAUCUAUGCAGAGGUCCGCAUGUGCGACAUACUGGCAAAGUCAAGAUUGGACGCGAUCAGGAGCUGUUCUUUUUCCAUCCGCUGAGCCCUGGCUCAGCAUUUUGGUUCCCCAAAGGAGCGCAUAUUUAUAAUACACUUUGUAAUUUCAUACGAAGCGAAUACCGUAAACGUGGCUUCACUGAGGUUAUUUCACCAAACAUGUACAAUAGCAAACUCAAUGAAUUAAGCGGUGCGUUGACUGGACUUACACGAGUACGGCGUUUUCAGCAGGAUGAUGCGCACAUUUUCUGUCGUCAAGAUCAGAUUUUUGACGAAAUUAUGGGUUGUAUCGAUUUUCUCAAAUAUGCUUAUAGUGACGUGUUUGGUUUUACUUUCAAGCUGAACUUGAGCACUCGACCAGAAGAAGGCUAUUUGGGCGAUAUCGAAACAUGGAAUUUUGCGGAAGAGAAACUGAAAGAAGCUCUGGACGCAUCUGGACAUUCAUGGGAACUCAAUCCUGGCGAUGGAGCAUUUUAUGGUCCAAAAAUCGACAUCACCAUUCAGGAUGCGCUUCGACGAUUCCACCAAUGUGCUACAAUACAGCUUGAUUUUCAGUUGCCACAACGAUUUGAUCUGACCUAUUUCGAGUUUCAGGCGAAAGUUAUCACGGUACAUGAAUCGCAGAAUGAUUAUGCAAAAAUGGUGCGAGACAAAAUUGAAUUUGACGCCGACUCAUCGGAUACACUGAACAAACAGAUCCGCAAUGCACAGCUUGCGCAGUUCAAUUUCAUUCUUGUCGUUGGCCCGAAGGAAGCACAGAAUGGAACGGUGAAUGUGCGCACUCGCGACAAUGCCGUAUGUUUUUUCUUUUUUUUGGUUUUCUGA